AGAGACUCUCUCAAAUUGUGCCGCGCUCUUGUCGUGUUGUGCCUUGUGGCAGCCGUGUUCUACCGUGUGCCGUGGACGUGUGGCUACUAGUGUGCUUCUGAUACCAACGUGUUGCUGUUACAGUGCUGUCAUAUCCCGCCUUCAGUGAUCUUGGUCUUAAAUUGGUCCAACGGAUCUAGUAGUGUACUGGAUAGGAGGCUCGCCACCCAAAUCUGCCGUAUGCUACUGACUAGGACUGACCAAAAUCAGUGUGCGCUCAACCGUAAUCGUUGCAACAUCUUCACUGGGUGUUUAGAUGAACCUGAUGAUUUGGUUGAUUUUUGAUCUAAGAUCCUAGGAUAGGCAGUUGGAGGUUUAAAGCAUACUUACAGAUUCUGGAGAACAGUGGGCGGAGAUGUUGGCAUGGUGCCAAGGGUCGUCGCCGACGUGCUCGAGUUCAUCAGAAACGAGGAAAACCGUCACGUGCAACGAUUGAGUGCUGCAUCAGAGGCGGCGGGACUGGUCAGGAGCCGCCUGUUGGAAUAUUCGUGUGCAGAUCCUGGGAUACGAUACAACAAUUGUUCGAAUUCCGGGUGCACACGAGGUGUAGAGGUGACAUUGGUUUUACUCGAGUUAUGUCUCAUUGACGCUCUAGUCGGUUUCUUGUAGAAAUCAACAGUGAGGUGUGUUUUUUUCCUACAAAAGAGUGAGGUGCAUUGGAAACGUGUAACUCGCGGUUGUCAUGUAACCAAGAUAUUCAGAUCAAGCUAUCAUCAGCAGUAAAAGUGCAAUGGUUAAUGGUUAUCUGUAUCAGGGUACAGCUUUGUGAUUUCAAAGUGCACCUGUGAAUCAAAGUGGUUGGACGUGUUUGACGCUGGAUAGUCAUUGAUCAAGGAUCUUGUGAGUGACAAGUGCGCGAUCGACAAACGAAGGGUGUUGCGGCGGUGUUGAUGAACGGAUUUUAAAAGCAGCUAAGAAGGCCAGCCCGACGCAAUGCGUCGACGCUGCUGACGCAACGCGCCUGGAUGCGUCUCACUCUAAGCACGUUACCACAGCUUGCCGUCUUAGCGAAGAUUUUGUGCCUCCUGAUGGUGGUGAUGUGCGGGGCGGUUCCGGCAAUGGUGCGCUCCGUGAGUCUCUACUCGACUUGCAGCAGCGGCAAUGUUACCGUAAUCGGUCGCAUGGUCAAAGCCACAGAGCUUGAUGAUCAAAACGCACCUUAUCAGUCUUUGACGACACUAUCGUGGAAUUUAAAUAAGCAGAUGUAUAUCUACGCAGAAAAGAGCCAUCGAUACAUUUGCUACAGUGACAAGUGGAAAAUAGUAGCUCUGACCAAGAAGCAGAGGAAUGACAGAUGUAAAUUCUACGAAGUGUAUCAUGAUUCGUACCUGAGGUACAAGAGUGUGGUCAAUGGUUCCGUAUAUCUUGGAUUUAACAAGGCUGGAAGACCGAUCAAGAAUGGCCAUGGCCGACAGGAGUGUUUUAAUUUUAUGAAGUUUAAUCCAAAUUCGGAUAUUGAAAAACACAACAACAUUGUGACGAAGAACAUGGGUGUGAGGGAAACUCGAGAACCUUUAAACGUGCAGACGAGGAAGCCAUCUUCUAGUCUGAGGGCCACGAAAAAUUCCCUGCAUGCAGACAGUAGUAUGAGUAAGAUGGGGUCGAAGCAUCGUCAUCGGCAUUCGAAUCGAUGGAAGCUACGCAAAGUCGAUUCGAGUCCACGGAGACGACACGGGAGUCGUCUUCGCCUCGAGGCGAGCAAGUAUUGAGCCGUUUUACGACUCGUGGAUCAAGACUGCCUCAUCCGUGAGAUCCUGAAACCCGCCGAGUUGGUUGCCCAUCGACUAAACUCAAGUCCGGUCGGAGUUACGCCUGCCCGAAAAGUCUAGCAUCACAAUUCAGUGUUCAACACGCGAAUUUAUAAACAUGCAGCGAAAGAUUCGAACGCGUUACGUAUAUCAAUCAGAUUAUAAAGAAAAAUUAUUAUCGGAUAAAUGUAUGCUUUUAUACGAUUUGUAAACGAAUACAAGAGCAAUUAACAAAUUCUCAAAUCAGCUGCUACUUGCUACAAUCCCGUAAAAGUUUUUUCGUGUCAUGUAGCGCGGUAAGGAUAACGGUCGCUGCAUGAAAAUUGGACUGAUACUUAAGAGAUAUGUAUACUGCUUAGAAUUGUUAAAUUUAGCUUUUUGCACUUGCAGUGAAUCUACAAAAGCACAAAUGUUCUUAUAUUGAGUUUGACUAAAAAUGACACCAACUGAAACCAAAUUCAUUUGAACACUUUUUAUCUCUUUCAUAUCAAAUAGUAUUUUAAGUAACGUUUCGCAUUCUAAUUUUUUUCCAAACUCAUGCAUCGAUCAAGGUGACUUGCUCGGAUUGUACAAGUUAGUACAAGUUCAGUUCGCUCGGCCGAUCGCAAGCGACCAAUGUAUUAUAUUAUGGAUCGUUAGUAAUCGUUCGAUCGUUACUGUCCUUGAUUCCUUGAUUACUGUGUGUUGAGUCUUUUGUAUUUUCUUCAUAAUCUUAUCGUACAUUCGACUGACGAGGGCUUCGUGCUCCGGCCAGGUUCUGUCGCUCGUGUCGCCAUGUCUGCGCGAAGAGUCACGUGGGCAGCGCGGCGUGUGCGCUGCACCAUCGUUAUCUCUUAUGCGCGUGCGUCUGCGCUAUAGAGCUCAAGUCGCGCAAAACUCUCGCUCGCUGUGCUAUUACGCCGCCUAAAAAUAAUGUAUCAAUGUGUUCGAAAGUGUGCACGUUUACACACCAAUUCUACAGUAUUCAUUUUAAAAUCGUCCUUUUCCUUCCCCUUUACAAUUUGAAAACGAGAUUCAAAUUGUACUUUAUGACCGUUAAUUUCAUCCAAACAUUGUACAUUUUCAUGUUCUUAUUGUGAAAUUGCAGGUUCUUAUUCUGCCGAUCUUGUUGUCAUAAAAUCAAAUAGCCGAUAAACUGUAAACUGGCAGUGUUGCCCGAUACAUCUUUCACUUCGGCAUUUACCAUUUGGUAGUUUGGAGAAAAAUUAAUUCCUUGAAAAACUUAUUUAAAACAGGUUUCCGAGUUUUAUUAAACGGGAAAUGUAUGGUCAAAACGAUAACCCUACUAUUUUAUUUUAUUUUUUUAGGCACAAGUACGUGUACGUUUUGGUGUGCAUACGUUGCAUCUUUGAUGAUGCGUGCCUGAGUGUGUAUUAGUGGAUACGUGUGAGUGUGUGUAAUAUAUUACUUUACCGCGAAUGAAUUUAAUCCUUAGGACGCUAAUCGCAGACUGUAUUACUAGGUUAGGUACACAUGACGUGAUGAUGACUCAAGGAAGGGUAAUCACAUUGUUUCUCAACUUCGCGGAUGUUUAUCAAAUUAUGCUGUAUGUGAAGUCUUUUGAAAAUCAGUCAAAUUCGUGAAACAACUUCCGCUUACCCUUCGUCCUCUCUGGGUCGUCAUCUAAGGAGCGCCUGCCCCUUUCCCAAAAAGAACCGCUCCCUAGGUAGCUUAUUUAUUGAAAUACUACGAAAACUGACCGUUCACAAAAAUAUGUACUGCUCUCUGUCCUCUUCUUCCUUUCUUAUUCACGAUUCUCUUCCGGUUCUUGAACGUGCGAAGCUCGUCAUUCUGCCUAGUUUCAGUUUUACAAACUCUUCGUGGCCGAAGCGCACAAAAUGAACACGGAGAAAGGUUUUCUUUGAACAUUCAAAAGAUACUUUGUGAACAAAAAAGCUUUUGUUAAAAAUUAUAAUAAUAAAUGCAUUUAAUUAAUUUUUAGAAAUGGAACAAACUUGAAAAGUCUGAAUUAAUGAAGGUAAAUGAUUCAAUUAAGGUGGUACAUGAGUGAUAUAAUCACGUUAUUCGAGGACGGCAUAUUUUCUUAGUCUCCUAAUUGGGGUAACUAAAGAACCCCCGAAAUGAAUAUUUAACGCAUAAUUUCUUAUUUUAAUGUAUUUGAUUGUUUUUAAUAAAACAAACUUAAACAAUUUGUAUUAAGAUACAUAUUGGGCAACAAAGGGUUAAAAUUGUUUUUUACAUUUCUUUUGACCCAGGAACACUUUCUCUUCCGUGAUGAAAUUCAAAAUAAACGAGGAGGAUUAUGGUAUUUCUAAAUCUCAUUUGAGCCAAAUUCACAUCAAAUCUAAGUCAAAUUUUGGACCCGCGAAUCCUGGAAUUUGGUUCUCGCAGAUGAGAAAAGUAUUUCAUCAAUUUCAUUGAGCGAAUUUUCGUCUUCAUUCGCUUGGUAUAUAUGUACUUUUGUAUAGUUUUAUUCUUUGUAUUCUAUUUUUGAUUUCUACAUCGGUCCUCCUUGUGUUCGCACUUUCACCUGAAAUUUGAUAAUACUCAAUACCUAAUUGUAAUUAGUUAAUUUCGUGUUUCGUAUAAGUGGCAGUGCGUAGAGGGCUCCCGGAACUGCAAUGUUUGUAUGUAUUAAUAUUAAAAAGUAUAACAAAGUAGAAAGAAAACUGUGCGUACAUAAAGUACUACGCCUACCUCCUAAGAACGUGAUGUAUUUAUUUCCCUAUUGUUCGUCGACUAGCUUUUAAAACGAUCGAUUUAUUUGUUUUUCAAAAUUUUACACUUUCUUGAUUCUACUUUAUUCCCAGUCAAUCGGUCGCACAGUUUUAAUUUAGUACCUGCGACAAAUAACGAGGAAAGAUUUUAAAACUUUCCGUUGGUAGAAAGACGAGCGAAUAGCAUGCAGCUGACCAUAAAAAAAGAAACGUAAAGUCCGACGCUUAUAAUUUAAUAAUAGAAAACUAAUAUAACGUAUAAUGUAAUGUAUUGUAUUGUAACGGCACCCUCUAAAAGUUAACAUACUCAUUUUGUAUGUGUAUAAGCGUAAUGUCACUUUUAGUUCCGGCAAAAAGCACUGCGAUGAAUAAAAUCGUAUCUGAAGUCAUUCUCUCAAAGGCAACCUCUUGAUUGUGUACUUAUUAUUAGUUAAGAACAAAUUUUCACGACACUUUUGCCGCAGUGACUUUUGCCCUACAUCAUUCCAUAAACUCACCUGUAAACUCGAAGUCAAGUCAUCGCGCCAUAAGUUUGCAAAAUAUCUCAAACAAAAAAUUCAAUCGUUAGAUAUCCUUUUUGUAACUCGAAAAUUCAAUCACAAUAAUUUUAUGUUUCAAAUGACCCAAUUCAUUCUAGAAAUGACUUGGCCGCGAGUAGGUUGUCUUUUUUUUCACUUUCGCCACCGCCGAAUCAGCGACUCGAGACAAAGCGAACGAGAAAACAAAAUGAAGAAUCUGACUACCCUAGAUAGAUAGCAUACAAUAAUAAAUGAAUAUUAAGAAGAAAGGUAAAGUAUAAAUAUUAUAUAUAAAUAAAUAUAUGAAAGAUGAUGUGUAUUGUAAGAUAUUUAAUACCGACUUGUUAGAAUCACUCGAUGAUAAUGAAGAAGACGAUCACGAUGAAUAAUAAUGGAUUAUAAUUAUUUACGAUGAUGUCGACAAAGACACACCUACACUAUUCGCGUUGUAAUAUAGAGGUAUACAUACUCCGUUUAUCCAUCGAUGUGUUGAUGUACCCGAGCGAACUAUAAUCGUAACACAAGAAAUACAAGAAAAGGAAUCUUUAUAGAUAUAGAAAUAUUUGCAGCAUCUUUUAUAUUACUUGUAUAUUUGUAAAUUUCCUCUAUUCUAUAGCUUUUUUUUAUGUUGAACUGCAGAUUUUUGAGAGACAGAUAAUUUAAGUACGAAAUAAAGAAACGUUUGGAAUGAUCAAUAUUUAAUUAACGAAUAGAGUUCGCUCGGUAGCAACUAGCAAUAAUGACAUUCCGACAUAAAUCGCAUUCAUACUGCGGAUUCUUACCCGUACAAGAGCGAGAGAGUAAAUGAAAGAAAGAAAGAAAAGGUGAAGAAGAAUGAAAGCUUGAGAGAGACAAAGAGAAAAAGAACACUGUCAAAUACACGCUCAUACACUGCUAUAAUUGUGAGUUAAUAAUGUCUGUACCUCUACAUUCCAUAUAUCUCCUUUUCCAUCCGCCCUCACGACUAUAUUUUCCUAUAUCAACUGUUUGUCGCAUUAAUGUUUCUUUUCCGACGAAAUAAGAAAAGAGGAAAAUGAGAUAGUGGAUCAAUCAUGUUCCUAUUACAUUCGUUGAAAAUGCAUUUAGUUAUUCAAC